UGUGACUUCAAAUGAAACUUCGAGGAGGCUGACACUGAAAUUGAUAAUUCUUUUAAAUUUUAACCCCCUAUUAUAACUAUUAGGUUGUUUUGUUUUCAUUCAAAUAAGUCCAAUUUUUUCUUGUUGAGUCUUGAACAUGUUACAGUAAUUGUAUUUUAAAUAAUAAUGCGCAAUUGACUUGAACAUUUCAUAAUGGUUGUUUGUGGUGGAGCAGAUCAUAAUUUGCAAGCUGAUGUUAUAUUUGUUAUUGAAUCUACAGCUGUAAAUGGAGCAUAUAUAAAUGAUUUGAAAACUAAUUACAUUAUUCCCGCUUUGGAAUAUUUUGGCCAAGGGAAUCUUGAUGAAAAUAAUUACUUAUCUGAGAGUUUGAACUCUUUUUAUGGCAUUGUACUGUAUCAAGCAGCUGAUUGUCUUCCACGUCUGUGUACAGAUACUAUUGGUCCUUUCACUAGUCCAGGAAAAGUUGUUUCAGCAAUAGACAGAUUAGAAUUGUAUGGAGGAAAAGGAGAAUCUCAUGCAAAUAUUGCUGAAGGCCUUGCAACAGCACUUCAGUGCUUUGAAGAGCUUCAAACAAAAAGAGAUGCUGCAGUUAAUGUUCAAAAACAUUGUUUAUUGAUAUGUAAUUCACCUCCUUACCUUAUGCCAGUGAUGGAAACUCAGUCUUAUGCUGGAAAAACUGCAGAACAGUUGGCUGCUAUCCUCUUGGAAAAUAACAUAAAUCUAUCCAUUAUUUCUCCUCGAAAAAUUCCUUCACUUUAUAAGUUGUUUGAAAAGGCUGGGGGAGAUUUAUCAACAUCUCAAAGUAAGAAUUAUGCUAAAGAUGUUAGGCACUUGGUACUACUUAAGGGUUUCAGUUUGAAAGAGAGGCCAAUAAGCCCACCACCUGGUAGUGUAACUCCUCAACAAAAUCAAUUGUCGAGUGCAACAUUACCUAUGACAUCUUUACCAAGUCCACUAGCUGGCAACGAUAGCCCUAUACAAGGAGGUAGUCAAACUACCCAAAAUCUACUUGGGGCAAAUUCAAAUCCUGUUGUCCAGCCUGGAGUUGGGCAGACUCCUGUGUACAGGCCUCCAAAUGCUGGAUUGACUUCUCUGCCUCAACAUUCCCAAUCUCUCGUUCCUCCAGGUAUGGUUGGUAUAGUAAACACUAGAGGUCCAAUGAUGCCUGGAAUGGUACCGAACGUCAUAACAGGAAACUCAGGUUAUAACCCUCAUGGUCAAGGAAUAAACGCCCAAAGACCAAGAUGGGGUAUGCCUCCGCAAGCAGGUCCUCAAAGACCAUAUAUGGCAACCAAUCCAUCGAACCAACAGGCGCAAAAUAGUGCACUUUUAACUCAACUUAAUACUCCACCGUCUUCUAUGCCAUCAAACAGUGGAUACAUACAGAUUAAUAGUAAUUCACCACUGGGCCAGCAACAGGCACAACAGCAGCAACAGCAACACAUUAAAGUGGGUAUUAAUAUUCCUAAUCAGAUGCAAAAUCCCAUGGCCCCAAAUCAAAAUCCCAUGCAAGGCGUAACGUCUCAGGUUUCGCAGCCAAAUCAAGUUGCAGUAACUUCACAAGCUCAGAAUCCAGGUCAGCCUGGACAACAGCAGGUGGGACAGAUGCAGUCUUCCAGAGAAAGACAUACCAUCUGGCAAGGUCUCCUGGAAUGGAUAGAGAAACCUAAGAAUGCCCCAGAACAACAGAAAAUAACGAAACAUGUGCCGUGCCAAGUGUCUGCUAAUUCGAAGGAUGGGGAGCCAGAACUUAAAGCGGAUGGAUGGCCUGGUAAAUUAAUUAUGCAGUUAAUGCCGAAGCAACUGAUUGGAAAUAUUGGAGGGGCGUAUCUUAAAAACUCGAAAUCUGUUCUCUUUCACCCGCAGCCAUGUGAAGCUCUCGAGUCUCUCACUAAAGUGAUGAGUUCUGGAUUUGCCGGGUGUGUUCAUUUCACCAGCAUUGCAAAUCCAGCAUGUGAUAUCAAAGUUCUUAUUCUACUGUAUACGGUUGAGAAGAGGGCGUAUUUGGGUUUUAUCCCCAAUGAUCAAACUGCUUUUGUAGAUCGUCUGCGAAAAGUUAUCCAGCACCAGAAGUCGAAUCAACAGGUUCUGAGACAAACUCAGGGUGCUGGGGCAGCGGGCCUUAAUCCUCAAACUGGUAGCCCUUUGCCUAUGGGAGGAGCUCCCAAUCCUAUGAUCGCAAACCCCACUACUUCCCAACCUGCCCAAGGGAUGAUGAUACAAACAAACCCAAUAGCAAUGGGGGGAGGACAAAUCACUCAGAAUGUUGUUUCGUCAUCUGGUCAGCCCGUUUCAUUCAAAGGAGUUUUAGGACAAAAUGUUCCUGGUGGUGGAAUGCAACCUAGGAUUGGACUUUCUAAUAUUCAACAAGGAAUGAAUUCUUCACCCCAACCUGGUUCGGGUAAUAGCAUGUCUCCUGGUUUGAUGGGCCAGAGAGCAGCAUGUGAAAAUCAGCUACAGGCCGAACGACAGCACAAUCUGGAGAAGAUAAAUCAACUCAAACAAACUUUGGAAGCCGCUCAACAGCAGGAACAACAGUAUAAGAGCCAGCUGGAGAGGAUCAGUCAUAUGAAGACAACACAGCUGCAAGAGGCGUUGCAGGCUGCUCAGCAAACGGAAAUGCAUUACAAAAUGUUAGAUCAACAAAGAAUGGCAAAUCAAGUUAAUCAACAAGCAGCAAAUACACAGCAGCAAAAUCAACAGAGGAUGAUGAGGCCUGUUAUGUCGAACAAUCCUGGGUUGAGGCAUUUAUUACAACAGCAACCUCAAUAUAGACAACAGCAAAUAAUUGGCAUUCAACAACAGAUGGGAAAUAGUGGACCAAGGCCCCCCCAAAUGGGGCAACAGAUGCCUAAUCCAGGGUCUGCGCAAAAUACUUUUGACGAUGUACCAAAUUUCGAUUUUAUGUAAAUUAUUUUAAUAAUUUUAUUUCUGUGUAAGGAAUUGAGAUGUCGAUAUUAUUGCAGAAUGGUUGACAAUUAGUUCAGAGGAAGAUUAUUCUAAUUUUCAGUGAAUAAAAAUCAAAUAAAACAUUGAAAAUAGAGCAACAUUGAUUAAAUAUAUUAAUGAUAAUUAUUGAUUAUUAUAAUAAUAAUUUAAUACAAUUAUCUGAUAUAUAACAACUGAUCGAGUAGGUGCCUGUUUUUAUUUAUUUUUUUUAUAAUUAUUUGUACAAAUUGUUAAGGACUGAAUAUGUGAGAAUAAUCUUUUUCAACAUGUACUAGUUUUUAUAUAACAAAAGGUAUUUCUUGAUAUUCAUAUACAUAAAAUAUGGUUAUGUGGCAAUAUUCUAAGACAGUGUCUAGAAAAUAAGGCAAUUGUUUUUGUAAUUUAUUGAAUUUUAAUUUCAUGUCUUACCAUUUUGAAGAUCUUGACAAUGAAAAUAAAGAUUAUAGAAAUCAA